AUGCCAAAAGAGGAAAAAGAACUGACGGACGAAGAGUUUUUUCUACAAAGAACGCAGAUGAUCAAGGAUGCGCAGGGUGAGAUCGAGAUGUAUCCCCACAGUUAUCCAGUAAGCCACAAGUUCUCUAUCAUUAAAGCCUGUGCUUCUGAGUUUCAAGUAGGCGAAAAGGGAGAAGAGAUGGUUUCAUCUGCUGGUAGAGUUAUUUCAAUCCAAGGCCACGGUAAACUAUUCUUCUUUAAGGUUGAAUCAGAUGACAUUGCCAUUCAAUUAAUUUUGAACUCUGGUGACAAGUCUAUCUACUAUGUUGCACAGUUCUUACGAAGAGGAGACAUAGUUGGGUUUACUGGAUUUUGUGGAAAAUCACGAACAGGUGAGCCAUCUGUCUUUGUCACGGAUCUGAAAUUGCUCACUCCGUGUCUCAGGGUAGUACCUUCUUCAAAGAAUGGAUUGAAGGAUCCCGAGACCAUUUACCGUAAGAGGCAUCUUGAUCUUUUGGUAAAUAAAGACUCAAAAGAAAGGUUCAUAUGCAGAACCCGAAUCAUCAACUAUAUUAGGAACUUUUUUAAUACCAGAGACUUCCUUGAAGUUGAAACUCCAACGAUGCAUGUUAUUUACGGAGGCGCUGCCGCCAAGCCUUUCAAAACUUUUCAUAACGAAUUGAAACAAACUCUUUAUUUGAGAGUGGCUCCUGAGCUGUAUCUGAAAAAGCUAGUUGUUGGUGGAAUCAACCGGGUUUAUGAAAUUGGAAAGAAUUUCAGAAAUGAGGGCAUUGAUUUGACUCACAAUCCCGAAUACACAGCCUGCGAGGCAUACUAUGCAUAUUCUGAUUACAACGAAUGGAUGAAAUUAACUGAAGAUCUUCUUAGUGGUCUUGCCAUGGAGUUAAAAGGAUCCUUGAAGUUUGCGUACGAGCCUAAAAAGAGGGAGUCUGAGGAAAUAAAAGUGGACUUUGACUUUUCUACACCCUUCCAAAGAUUUGAUAUUCUUGAGGAAAUCAAUAAGGUACUUGGGCUGAACCUUACAGGCGAAAACAUUGAAAACUCGGUUGAUGAACUUAUCAAGGCUGCCGAGGAGAGGAAUUUGGUUAUUGACGAGCCAAGGACCCUGAACAGAAUCCUAGACAAGUUUAUUGGUGAGUAUCUUGAGCCUAAAUGCAUCAAUCCAACCUUUAUUACUGGGUUCCCAACGGCUAUGUCUCCGCUUGCGAAGGAGGAUAGAAAUAGAAAAGGUGUAACGGAGAGGUUUGAGUUAUUCCUUAAUGGCAAGGAGAUAUGCAAUUCAUAUACAGAGCUGAAUAUUCCAUCAGUCCAGAGAGAACGAUUUAUGGAGCAAAUGGCAGCGAAAGAGGCCGGUGAUGCCGAGGCUAUGCCUAUUGACGAAGACUUUUGCCAGGCACUCGAGUAUGGACUCCCUCCAACUGGUGGAUGGGGUUUGGGCAUUGACAGGGUGGUGAUGUACAUGACCAAUGCAGCUAAUAUUAGAGAUGUGUUAUUUUUCCCAACAAUGAGGCCAGAAGGUAAUUAA